GCGAGCUCCGGGCUGCACGUUCCUCUCACGAAGGGCACGGACCGGGACUGUCACAAGGCUCCUGCCCUGGUCCAGAGCCCCGACGGCCCAGGGCCCCUGCACGGAGCCAAAGCUGAUGUCAUUUUCACCAUCUUGUGGCGGGUUUCUGCCGGAGGAAAACCCUCGCCCCAAUUCCCAUCAGGCUGCUCCGGGAGGAUUGCCAGAUUUCAAGCAGAGAUUUAAAGGGGCCGAGGAGGAGAUGGAGCUCCGGGAGCCGCCGGACCAGCAGACCCUGCCGCAGCCACCCCGCUCCUCCGUCGUGCAGGCUUGGCAGCAGAGCUCCAGCCAUGGAGCAGCCGCGGGGAAGGCCGAGCCGCCGGUCUCCCCAGCUGCCGAGGCGUGGCGGCAGGCGAGAGGCUCUUGCCCGAAAGCAAAGCAAGAUUCUGCGCCGGUGUCGCCAGUGAGGCACGUGAGAUACAGGAAGCGGGUACCAAAGGCAGAUAAAGCGACUGAGAUCAGCCCCUCCUUUGAGACGAUGCUGAAGCAGCGAGCCGCGAGCCGGAGGAAGAAGAAAAGCGAGGACCAGGGGUAUGGCCGGACUCGGCCGCGGAGGAGCACGGCCGCCUCGCCCAGCUAUCCCAAGCAGCGCGUCUCCCAGGCGCCCAGGAGGAGUAAAGUCUUAAACAAUCUCUACAUGAAUCUGUACGAGGAGGUGGGGGAAGACGAGCCCUGGGCUGUGCAGAGAGUUGAAGGAUUGCCGAAAGCCUGCUUCAUCUUCAGCGCCAUCCGAAACGGGAGAAUUCACGUCAACGACCUGCUCCUCACCCUCCACACGCUGGGCAUCCUCGUGACCAGCACAGAGAUGCGGAAGGUGCUGAAGACCAUCGACAUCGAGGAAAACGGGAACCUGAGCUUCACCGAUUUCCUGGAAGCUCUGGAUGAGACCUCGCCCUUUGCCCAGACUGAGGCCUUCCAGAACACCUACCAAGCCUUCAGCAAGAUGAGGACAGGCCUGAUCGCCGUCGACGACCUGCAGCCUGCUCUGAUCAGCCUGGGCGUUGGGUUAAGCCUUGAGACGCUGCAGGAGGCGCUGAAACACGUUCACGUGAACAAGGACAGGCAGCUGAACAUCUCGGACUUCCUGACGGCCAUGAGCGACCUCGAGCAUCACUACGAGGAUGUGGAAUCCCUGGCUCUUUACGACACUUUGAAGCCCAGGAAGCCUGGGCGUGCAUUUGACUUUGAUGCAAAGCCCAGAGUUAGAAGAAGGACGCGGUUGUCCUUUGACGUCAAGUACCUGCAGAAAGCUGACGCACCUCAGCCGGAUUCCUCUUUAGCUCGUCAUCAGAAACCAUCCAAGGCUGGUAAACAAUCUUCAUCCCCGCGACCAAGGUUCCUUUCCUUCCAAGAAAAGCUCCCAACUAGAUUUGAUGUGGAAGACAGGCUGGAGGAAUCGCCUAGAACCACCAAGAGGCGUUUGACCCAACAGAAGCCUGCUUGGAGCACUAGUAUUGAGGAAGACCUAGAGGAACCUCUGGAAGAAGUGGAGAGCCCUUUCGGCCAGGAGAGGAUCCAGAAGUCACAGCAAUUCACUGCAGCCAGGGGGCCAGCGGGGACAGCUUCUGCUGCUGGCAAGUGUGUCAGCGAUUAUGAAGCCUUACAGGACGCCUUUGAGAUCGUCAGCAAGAUCAAAGCAGAUAACAUUGAGGUGGGUGACCUGCGCUGCACUCUGCAAACCAUGGGCGUCCCUUUCACUGACGAAGAGUUCCAGGAAGCUCUGCAGAAAGUGACGCUGGAAAAAGAUGGGACGGUGAACUUCAAUCGCUUUAUGGUGGCUUUGGCCAACACCCGGCGCUUCUCCGAAUUUUCAGUGCUGAAAGACGCCAUUGCCGCCCUCAGCAAGAUGGAAGGUGAUAAGGUGGCUGUGAGUGAGGCGCUGUCCUAUGUGAAGAACAUGGGGAUCCAUUUAUCCGACGACGAAUUCCAGCAAGCGCUGAAGCUGGUUUCUGUGGAUGCUAACGGGAAGGUGUAUAUUAAAGAUUUCAUUGAAGUCCUGACCAAAAGCCCGCGGUUCUCCGAGCUGUUAGUGCUGCGGGACACCAUUAAAGCCAUGAGCCGGAUUCGGGGGGAUCUCAUUGACGUGCAGGACCUGGAGAGAACCCUGACCAACAUGGGCAUCCAUCUGAGCAAGACGGAGUUCCAGGAGAUGCUGGAGUCUGUGACCGUUGACAAAGAUGGAAGAGUGAAGUUGGAACAGUUCAUGACGCUGGUGUCCAAGAUGCGGCGCUUCUCUGCGCUGGGAGCCCUGAACAACGCCAUCCAAGCCUUCGGGCAGAUCAAGGAGGACCGGGUGAAGAUCUCGGAGCUGGAGUCGUGUCUGCGCCACAUGGGGGUCCACUUAGCCAAAGCGGAGAUAGAGGAGGUGACCAAGUCCCUUUCUGUUUCCAAAGACGGGACCGUGGAUAUUAAAGAACUGAUGUCAGCCUUGACGGGUACCAGGCGGUUCUCCAACUUCGUAGCGGUACAGGAGGCCAUCCGGGCCGUCAAGCGCGUCGAAGAGGACGAGGUGGAGGUGAGUCACCUGGCCACCAGCCUGAGCGCCUUGGGGCUGCGCCUAGCCAACGAAGUAAUCGGGAAAGUGCUGAGGUCGGCUCACGUGGACGAGGCCGGGAGGGUCAAAUUCACCGAUUUUAUGAGAGCUCUCUCCAGGAGCCAGCACUUCAUCACAUCGCCAGCCCUGCAGGAUGCCUUUAGCAUCAUCGGCAAGCUGGAAGGCGAGAAGAUUGGCAUUCAGGACCUGAAGUCUGUGCUGAGCAACUUGGACAUCAGUUUGUCCAGCGAAGAGCUCUCCGAUGUGCUCCAGUUAUGUCCUGUCGAUGACAGCGGGAAGGUGAACCUGAAAGAUUUCAUCAGGGCAGUGACCUCCACCAGGCGCUUUGCAGAAUCUGUGGGGCUGCAGCUCACCUGCCUGGCCAUCAGCAAGCUCAAGGAUGACCACUUUGACCUCCACGACCUCGAGUCCACCCUGAGCGGCAUGGGGCUCCGUCUAGCGAAGGAGACGCUGACGGAGGUGAUGAAGACAGCCAGUGCCGACGACAACGGGAAGGUGAAUUUCAGAGAAUUCAUAACAGUUUUAACCCAACUGCCUCAUUUCCCUGAAGUUACUGUGCUGAAGGACGCCUUCGACGCGAUGAGCAGCAUCAAGGACGAUAACAUCCGUGUCGAUGCGCUGGACUCCACCCUGGCGAGCAUGGGAAUCGUUUUAACAGAGGAGGAGCGACGCGAAUUACUGGCGUCGGUUACGAUCGCUGGUGAGCACGCUUUCCCCUGGUGA